GUGGCGCCAACUAACGCUUUCGGUGGCAGUCGUGAUCAGCUUGACCUGCGCCCUGAUCGGCGCGUGCAUCGGAGCCACGUGUUAUAUCAUGAAAAUUCAGAAAAAAAGGGACAUGAUCAGACUUCGUCCAUCCACUCCAGCCCCCCGCAGCAGCCCUACCCGCUGUCCCAGACGCCAGCUCAUCUGCUCAGCCUCACCGAGCUCUACUCGCGACCUCCAGACCAGCAUCAUUUGGCCCAUCUCACCGCGUCCUCUGGGCUGACCCGCCAAUCCGGUCUCCUCCUUCAUCCUCUACCCGACCACCCUCUCGACGUUGCCACCGGCCUCCUGCCUGCCGGCGCAGACAUCGCUCUCGACGGCAACCCGGUCGACCUGGAGACCAGUCUGGCCGCGAGAAUGCGGCCGGGCCACUUCUGGGCCGUCGGACAGGACGGCCGUCUCCUCGACUACUCGGCCACACUCGGUCCCGGCCACCCGGCAACUAGUCUGCUCGAAUUUGGCCCUGGCAACAAUUGCACCGGCAACAGUCUCCACGGCAGUAUGGGCAGGAAUAGGCUGGUUGCCGGGGUCAAACUGGAGGCGAUCGGACGGGCUCCAAGACGAGCCUCCACCCUCAGCAACUCGCCGAUCGGACACAACAUGAUGACCGGAUCGCAGCAAUUGACUGGCGAUCAUCUCGAAGAUGCCAGCUUCUAUUCAGGCCCUGCCAUGGCAACACUUCUACCAAGUCACCGUUGCUAUCUGGCGCCAUCGCAGUGUGGGACUCGAGGCCCGUAUUCGUCGUUGUCGAGACGACGUCAGACGACGUUAUGGCCUCCGUUUGAGGGGCAACUUGGCGAGUCCGGCCUGCCAGUCGAGCUGUCCUUGAAGGAGGCGUCAGAAUCCGAGCCUUCCGGUAGGUCCAUCUUUCUGCAUAACCGCAUAACAUACAGACUCCAGGACUAG